GCCAAAGGUUUCGGUGCUGCCGCUUCCGGCCCGGGUAAACGCUGCUUGAGGUAUGCUGCGUGGUCUGUGUGGUGCCGGGACAGCUCUCUGAGGACAAGUCAGCGGGCCAAGAGGCGAACACUGGCGUCUGGACUCAGAAGUCUGGAGUCUAGUGGGAAAAUCGGAAAAACAACCAGGAACUUGAAUACGGUCUAACCUCUUGUUUCCGAGGGGGUAACUUCCACGGGGAACCUCUCUGCCCUGGUAACGGCCAAAGAGGAGAUGGCGCCAGUCAGGGAGCGGCUGUGGCCGACACAGUGAGGAAGCGCGAAGGCGGAGCAAUCGGAGAAGCCUCGGGAGAAGAGCCAGAGCCCGUCGCUGCCGCCACAACCACUACUACCAUGGAAGGGGCAAAGCCGACAUUGCAGCUCGUGUACCAGGCUGUGCAGGCGCUCUACCACGACCCAGAUCCCAGCGGAAAGGAGCGCGCCUCGUUUUGGCUUGGGGAGCUGCAGCGUUCGGUUCAUGCAUGGGAGAUUUCAGACCAAUUGUUACAGAUCCGGCAAGAUGUGGAAUCGUGCUAUUUUGCUGCACAGACCAUGAAAAUGAAGAUUCAGACCUCAUUUUAUGAGCUCCCCACAGACUCUCAUGCCUCUUUACGGGACUCAUUACUAACCCAUAUCCAGAACUUGAAAGACUUGUCACCUGUUAUUGUAACACAGCUGGCUUUAGCAAUAGCAGACCUUGCCCUACAGAUGCCUUCCUGGAAGGGAUGUGUACAAACAUUGGUGGAAAAAUAUAGCAAUGAUGUAACUUCUCUGCCUUUUCUACUGGAGAUCCUUACAGUGUUACCUGAAGAAGUACAUAGUCGUUCCUUACGAAUUGGAGCUAACCGGCGUACAGAAAUUAUAGAAGAUUUGGCCUUCUAUUCUAGUACAGUGGUAUCUCUAUUGGUGACUUGUGUAGAAAAAGCAGGAACAGAUGAAAAAAUGCUUAUGAAGGUCUUUCGCUGUUUGGGAAGUUGGUUUAACUUAGGAGUUUUAGACAGUAACUUCAUGGCUAACAAUAAGUUACUAGCUCUCCUUUUUGAAGUUUUGCAACAGGAUAAGACCUCAUCCAACCUACAUGAAGCUGCUUCAGACUGCGUGUGCUCAGCUCUUUACGCCAUUGAGAAUGUGGAAACCAACCUGCCAUUAGCCAUGCAACUUUUUCAAGGAGUCCUGACAUUGGAGACUGCCUAUCACAUGGCUGUGGCACGUGAAGAUUUAGACAAAGUUCUGAAUUACUGCCGUAUUUUCACUGAACUAUGUGAAACUUUUCUUGAAAAAAUUGUUUGUACUCCAGGCCAAGGCCUUGGAGACCUACGGACUCUGGAACUGCUUCUUAUCUGUGCAGGACACCCUCAAUAUGAGGUAGUAGAAAUUUCCUUUAACUUUUGGUACCGACUAGGGGAGCAUUUGUACAAAACUAAUGAUGAAGUUAUUCAUGGCAUCUUCAAAGCUUACAUUCAAAGGCUGCUUCAUGCCUUGGCUCGCCACUGCCAGCUGGAACCAGAUCAUGAGGGGGUUCCUGAGGAGACUGAUGACUUUGGGGAGUUUCGGAUGAGGGUUUCAGACCUGGUGAAGGACUUGAUUUUCUUGAUUGGGUCUAUGGAGUGUUUUGCUCAGUUAUAUUCUACUCUGAAAGAAGGCAACCCACCCUGGGAGGUGACAGAAGCGGUUCUCUUUAUCAUGGCUGCUAUAGCAAAGAGUGUUGAUCCGGAGAACAAUCCAACACUUGUGGAGGUCCUAGAAGGAGUUGUCCGUCUUCCAGAGACUGUACAUACAGCUGUGCGAUACACCAGCAUUGAAUUGGUUGGAGAGAUGAGUGAAGUGGUUGAUCGAAAUCCUCAGUUCCUUGACCCUGUGUUGGGCUAUUUGAUGAAAGGCCUGUGUGAAAAGCCUCUGGCCUCUGCUGCAGCCAAAGCCAUUCAUAACAUUUGCUCUGUCUGCCGAGACCACAUGGCUCAGCACUUUAAUGGACUCCUGGAGAUUGCCCGUUCCCUUGAUUCCUUCAUGUUGUCUCCAGAAGCUGCUGUGGGCUUGCUAAAAGGGACAGCACUUGUCCUAGCCAGAUUACCUUUGGAUAAGAUUACUGAAUGUCUUAGUGAACUAUGUUCUGUUCAGGUUAUGGCAUUGAAAAAGCUGUUGUCUCAGGAGCCCAGCAACGGCAUAUCCUCAGAUCCCACUGUGUUCUUAGAUCGCCUUGCAGUAAUAUUUCGACACACCAAUCCCAUUGUGGAAAAUGGACAGACUCAUCCAUGCCAAAAAGUCAUACAGGAAAUAUGGCCAGUUUUAUCUGAGACUCUAAAUAAGCACCGGGCUGAUAAUCGAAUUGUAGAGCGUUGUUGCAGGUGCCUCCGUUUUGCUGUUCGCUGUGUAGGCAAAGGAUCUGCAGCCCUGCUGCAGCCACUAGUCACACAGAUGGUGAAUGUUUACCAUGUACAUCAGCAUUCCUGUUUCCUGUACCUUGGUAGUAUCCUUGUGGAUGAGUAUGGCAUGGAAGAGGGCUGUCGGCAGGGACUACUAGACAUGCUCCAGGCACUGUGCGUCCCUACCUUUCAGCUCUUAGAACAGCAGAAUGGGCUCCAGAAUCACCCUGACACUGUGGAUGACCUGUUCAGGCUAGCCACCAGGUUUAUUCAGCGUAGCCCUGUUACCUUGCUGAGGAGCCAAGUUGUCAUCCCUAUCUUACAGUGGGCCAUUGCCUCUACUACCCUGGACCACCGGGAUGCCAAUUGUAGUGUCAUGAGGUUCCUGCGAGACCUCAUCCAUACAGGGGUAGCCAAUGAUCAUGAAGAAGACUUUGAAUUACGGAAAGAAUUGAUUGGACAGGUGAUGAACCAGCUUGGACAGCAACUUGUAAGCCAGCUGCUUCACACAUGCUGCUUUUGUCUCCCCCCAUACACCCUACCAGAUGUGGCUGAAGUGCUCUGGGAGAUCAUGCAGGUUGACAGACCGACUUUUUGUCGAUGGUUAGAGAAUUCCUUGAAAGGUUUGCCAAAGGAGACAACGGUGGGAGCUGUCACAGUGACACACAAACAACUUACAGAUUUCCACAAACAAGUCACUAGGAGGAAACCUUGAGCAGCCUGUUCAACUAGAAAAUCGCUGACUGACUGAGACUUACUUGCUGGACUGGGCUUUAUAAACAAAAUCUGCUUUUGGAAAAGAAUGAGGAAACCAGGGUUACCUAAGUUAGCUCAGCUCAUAGAGUUAAAAUGAUCCACCUUAGUGCUGAGGAAUGUAAACAAGUUUGCUGGGCCUUGCGAGACUUCACCAGGUUGUUUCGAUAGCUCACACUCCUGCACUGUGCCUGUCACCCAGGAAUGUCUUUUUAAAUUAGAAGACAGGAAGAAAACAAAAACCAGACCUGUGUCCCACAAUCAGAAACCUCCAUUGUGGCAGAGGGGCCUUCACCGCCACCAGGGCGUCCCGCCAGACAGGGAGAAACUCCAGCCUUCCAAGGCCAUCCUGAGGAGUUCCUGUUUGGGGGUGUGAGGGAAAAUCAGCGCGGUUUAGAAAAGAUGGCUGCAGCCUGUCCGGCGUGGUGGGAGGUGAGCUGGUUUCCUGGUGAACUUGUUUCUAAAAGGAAAAAUAAUUUUAAGAAAAUAAAAAAGGAAAAAAAAAAAAAAGGAAAACUAA